AUGGAGAGGACGUGGUAUCGUGCCAUCGGCUUGCUGUUGGUGCUGGUCCUGUGCUGCGCGGGCCUGGCAGUGACGUCGGUGCAGGGCGCGGGGGUGGAGACGAAGGAGAGUGGAAGGGUGAUGGCCAAGCUCGAACGAUUCUGUCAGGACAAGUGCCAGCAGCGGCUCUCGCCAGCGCCCGGCGAUCCCGCAUGCUCCCACUUCUGCGGGUUCGUCACACACAUCCGUGUUGCCCAUGAAGCCGAUCUCUACACGCUGUUCCGCGAUGGCCAACGAAACAUCCAGCCCCUGAUUUGGGCUAUGAACGACAUCGUGCAGGAGAAGUUGCAGGCCAAGCUUGAUGACGAGGACGACCACACGAUCGGAGAGCUCUUCUUUGAGAAGGCCAAGGGCUGGUAUGCCUACCUGCACCAGCGCGACGAACUGUAA